GUAAGGGCCUUUUCAUCUCAAGCUCAGGGCUACAAAGACCUUUGUGUCAAUUGUGUGACCAGGCGCAGGAGAUAGAGGAUAUAUAAAGGAGCUCAUUAGACUCUUCUGUACAACAAAGGAGGUUUAAUAAUUCUUAAGGAGUUCAGAGAAAAGGAGAACAAUGCUCAAGCUGCUUUUGGUCUUGUCUUUGCUCAUCAUUGUGGUUAAUGGCGGUCCUACAAAGGAGGGUCGUCGUAAGCGUGGACCGGUAGAUCUAAGCGAUGAGGAACAUUACGACCCCAAAACAAACGGACACAAUGUGGAGUAUGACCAUGAAGCUUUCCUGGGAAAGGAAGAGGCUGAAGAGAUGCAGCACCUUUCGCCUGAGGAGCAGAAGAGGAGACUGCAAGUUAUAUUUGGGAAGAUUGACACUAAUAAUGACAAGCAUAUAGAGCACAAUGAGCUCAAGAAAUGGGUUGAAUCUGUUGCACACCGGCACGUAAUUGACAGCACGGCAGAGCAAAUGCCUGAAUUUGAUAAAAAUAAAGAUGGGAAAGUCACCCUUGAAGAAUACCAUUCCACUGCCUAUGGAGAAGUCGAAGAUGAAGAUGCUGAAUAUGAUCCUCACAGAAAACUAUCAUUCAAAGAAAUGAAAGCAAGAGACAAGAGAAGAUUUGACUCUGCUGAUAAAGAUAACGAUGGUUCACUGAAUAAAGAAGAGUUUGGUACUUUCCUUCAUCCAGAGGACAAUGACCACAUGAGGGAUAUAGUCAUUGACGAGGCCAUGGAAGACAUGGACAAAGAUAAAGAUGGUUUCAUUGCUCUUCAAGAGUAUGUCGAUGACAUUUGGCCAAAGAAUGAUAGACAGGAGGAUGAGUCAGAACCAGACUGGGUAAAGAGUGAGAGGGAACAGUUCAGCCAGCACAGGGACUCCAAUAAAGAUGGAAAGCUGGACAAGAGAGAAUUGGGUAGCUGGAUAGCUCCUGACGGACAUGACAAUGCCGAGGCUGAAGCAAGGCAUCUGAUCUUCAAUGCUGACAAAGAUAAAGACGGUAAACUGACAAUGGCUGAGAUGCUUGAGAAUGAAGAACUGUUCAUUGGAAGCCAAGCAACUGAUUUCGGCAACAUUCUUUCACGACACGAUGAGUUUUAGUUAUUAACAUAUCAUUUUUGAACUCAAAAAAAACUCCCAACUGCUUCUACUUAAAAGACUAUUAAAUGUUGUUCUUAGUUAUUAUUUUUGAUAUGAAAA